UCCAGACGACUGAAAGAGAAGAACAAACAUGGCGGCCGCGGGCGAUCCGAAGCGGGGCGCCACCAAAUCGCAUUGAUCUUUUCUCCCCCCUUAUAUAUACCUAUAUUAUCGCACGUUAACCCAUUCCCCCUUCCUAAGGGGUUAAUCCGUCUCCCUCGUUUGCAUUUUCCGUGCAAAGAGAGGCAGGGGACGGUAAAGUUACCUCAGGAUGAGGGGGAGGCGGGGAAGGCCACCCAAGACACCGGUGCCCAGCGAUUGCUCUCCGGGACUUACUGUCGGCCUGAGGUCCAGGCUUAGGGGGAGCAGCCGCGGGAGAUGGGCAGCUGAGGCAGAGAACAGGUCCCCCAAGCGCUCAAGCAUUACCUCCCCGCGGGGUAGGAGGAGGAGAAAGGCCGGCUUGGGCAGCACGACCGGUAGAGGGAGAGGUAGAGGAGCCGGGGGCAGACGCAGCCUCAACAAGGUGGUCUACGACGACCAUGAAAGCGACGAGGAAAGCGGCCGCUCGUAUGAAGAAGGGGACCCAGAGGAGCGCAGGGACUUUGAGGAGAUCAUGGAGGAUUCUGACUAUCAUCAAGACAUGGAGGAGGAGGACGAAGAGGAGUACGACGACGACGAUGCCAGCUACUGCACAGAGAGCAGCUUCAGGAGCCACAGCACGUACAGCAGUACCCCGGGAAGAAGAAAACCCAGAAUUCAUCGUCCUCGCUCCCCAAUAUUUGAGGAGAAGGAUGUCCCUCCUCUUGAAUUUCCUAAGUCCUCAGAAGACCUUUUGUUGCCUAAUGAGUAUUUAAUGAAUGUGAUUGCCAUUUAUGAGGUACUGAGGACAUUUGGUACUGUUUUACGACUUUCACCAUUUCGCUUUGAGGAUUUCUGCGCAGCACUUGUAAGUCAAGAGCAAUGCACUCUCUUGGCAGAGACUCAUGUUGCUCUUUUGAAAGUUAUUUUACGUGAAGAAGACACAUCAAAUACUACCUUUGGACCUGCAGACCUCAAGGAUAGUGUUAAUUCAAGUUUGUACUUUAUAGAUGGAAUGACAUGGCCAGAGGUUCUCCGAGUAUAUUGUGAAAGUGACAGAGAAUAUCAUCAUGUUCUUCCAUACCAAGAGGUAGAAGAAUACCCUUAUGGACCAAUAGAAAGUAAAGUACAGGUUCUGCUUUUUUUAGUGGAUCAAUUUUUAACCACAAACAUAGCACGUGAGGAGUUGAUGUCAGAAGGAGUAAUUCAGUAUGAUGACCACUGUCGAGUUUGUCACAAGCUAGGGGAUUUACUUUGUUGUGAGACAUGUUCUGCAGUAUACCACUUGGAGUGUGUAAAACCGCCUCUUGCAGAGGUACCGGAAGAUGAGUGGCAGUGUGAGGUAUGUGUGGCUCACAAGGUGCCAGGAGUGAAUGACAGCAUUUCUGAAAUCCAAAAAAAUAAACCUUACAUCCGACAUGAACCCAUUGGAUAUGACAGACACAGAAGGAAAUACUGGUUUUUGAACAGACGAAUUAUUAUAGAGGAAGAUAGAGAGAAUGAGAAGGACAAAAAAAUCUGGUACUACAGCACAAAGAUUCAACUGGCAGAGCUAGUAGAGCAGCUUGAUAAGGAUCAUUGGGAAUCUGACCUAUGCAAAACUCUGGAAGAGUUGCAGGAAGAAAUUCAUCAACAUAUGGAUAUAACGGAAGAUCUUACGAACAAAGCCCGAGGUAGCAACAGAUCGUACCUGUCUGUGGCCAAUGGUAAGCGAUCAGAUGAGGCUAACAGACCUGCAGCUGCUGUGACUGCUCAAGAGCAGAAGACCCCAGAGGUAGAAGGGACAAACAGAGAAAAAUGCACUACAGAGGAUUCACGUUCUGCCAGCAGCAUCACCAGUGCUUCCACUAAUGAAACUUCUGAAAAGAAUGAGAAACAAGGAGAUUCAGAAGAAGGUAGCAAAGUAGCUGAUACAGAAAAGAAUAUGGAAACUAAGUCCUCUACCACUUUAUCAGAUGUGGAUCAUGGAUCCCUAGUUCAUUCCGGGUCUUCUACCUGCAAGGAAGAAGAAAACAACAACAGAUCUUCGACUGAGAAGUAUUGUAUUGCGAAUGAAUCAACCAAGCAAGGGGAAAGCAUGGAAAAUUCUGAUAAGGGUUCCCAACCAGUUGCUUCUAAUCCAGAAGAGACUGUAGAUGAAAAAUUGGAGAAGAAAGAUGGGGACUCUGUUGACACGUCAGCUGCUGGGAAAAGCACACCAGGAUCCAAGCGGAUUGUGACAAGAUUACGAAACCCAGACAGCAAGUUAAGUCUGCUGAAGAAUCUUCAGGUUUCUGCUGCAAUCCAUGAAGCAAAUAAGAUUUUUAAGGAAGGCAGAGAGGUUUUAGUGGUUAACUCUCAAGGGGAGAUAUCCCGGCAAAGUACUAGAAAGGAAGUGGUUAUGAAGGGCAGUUUAAAGAAUUUUUUUAAGCUGGGACAAGAGGGAAAGUAUCGUGUUUACCACAAUCAAUACUCAACCAACUCAUUUGCACUUAACAAGCACCAGCACAGAGAGGACCACGAUAAAAGGAGACACCUUUCCCAUAAGUUUUGCUUGUCUCCUACUGCAGAGUUUAAAUGGAAUGGAUCUGUUCAUGGCUCAAAAGUAUUGACUGUAUCCACCCUAAGACUCACCAUCAUACAGCUAGAGAACAAUAUCCUUUCAUCAUUUCUUCAUCCCAACUGGUGUUCACACAGGUCUAAUUGGAUAAAGGCUGUUCAAAUGUGUAACAAACCUAGGGAAUUUGCACUAGCGUUGGCAAUAUUGGAGUGUGCCAUUAAACCGGUUGUCAUGUUGCCAAUUUGGAAGGAGUCUUUAGGCCACACAAGGUUACGUAGAAUGACCUCAAUAGAGCGAGAAGAAAAAGAAAAGGUCAAGAAGAGGGAAAGAAAGCAAGAGGAAGAUGAAAGUAUGCAGCAAGCCACAUGGGUCAAAUACACAUUUCCUAUAAAGCACCAGUGCUGGAAGCAAAAAGGUGAAGAGUACAGGGUUACUGGAUAUGGAGGAUGGAGCUGGAUCAGUAAAACUCAUGUAUAUAGGUUUCACCCACGCUUUCCUGGAAAUACAAAUGUCCAUUAUCGGAAAAAUCUAGAAACUUAUGCAAAGGACACAACGCUAAAAUUGCCUCUGAAUGAACCAGAAGCUGACCCUGUGGAAACAAAAAGUAUGGAUCUGGUAGAACAGAAACACCAUGUGAAAGAAGAUAAAGAUUUGGGUGUUAAAGAGGAAGACAUGUCUGUUAAAAAUAAAAAAACAGAAGAAGAUAAAAAAGAAAUGUCUGUAGAAAAUAAGGCUAUAAAGGAAGAGUCUAUGGAGGUGGAUGAAGUAAAAUCUGAACCUUGCAUUAAAGAAGAAGUAUUUCCAGAUGCUGACCUAAUAAAUGUUAGUGAAGGGUUUCAGUCUAGGACGUGGUAUAAAAAAAAAGUUAAAACAUCUAGAUUAGAUGGAUUGCUUGAGAGGAGGAUAAAACAAUUUGCAUUAGAAGAAAAGCAAAGACUUGAAAAGCUAAAACUUGAGACUACUUCAAAGCAGUCUGGUACUGUUUCACUGAGCAGCCAGAAAAAUGAAUCCGAAAAGAUAAAAUGUACCAGUGUUUCUGAUGAAAAAGCGGACAGUUCAAGCAAAAAAAUUAAUAUAGGUUGCCCAGACUUUAGUAAAUCAAAGACAGAAAUUCCUUCCUUAGAACCUCACCAAAAAACUGUCAGUGAAGGGUUAAACAGCUCAUCUAAAUCCACCUCAGAGAAAAAUCAUAAUACAGAUAGUAUUUUAAAUGAUGACCCUUUAUUACCUAAUACAGUAUGUACAGCUCAAGAGAGACCUGAGAAUGUUUGUACAGAUUCUAAGGAGAAUGAACUAAAUACCAAAAAUCUGAAUGGAAAACAAUCAGUUGAAUCAGUAGACAUCCAGGGCACUAGAGACUGUAAAGUGACAGCAAAGUUGUCAAAUGAAGAGGAUAAUCAAAACUUUUCAACUCCGUGUUUAGUGAAUUCUGAGUUACCAUCAACUAAAAUUGAUACGUAUCGACUUCAAACAGUAAGAUCACUAGCUGGUGUGAGUCUCAUGCUGCGUUUGCUAUGGGCCUGUUUGAAAUGGGAUGACAUGGCUGCUAAACCACCACCUGGUGGAGGAAUUACACGUACAGAAACAUCUGAAACAGAGAUAACUACUACUGAAAUCAUUAAGAGGAGGGAUGUUGGACCUUAUGGAAUAAGAGCUGAAUACUGUAUAAGGAAAAUAAUUUGCCCUAUUGGUGUUCCUGAGGCACCUAAAGAAACUCCAACACCACAGAGGAAGGGUCUUCGCUCUAGUGCUCUGAGGCCAAAAAGACCAGAAAUUCGCAAGCAAACAGGUCCUCUUAUCCUGGAAACAUGGGUUGCCGAAGAAGAGCUGGAUUUAUGGGAAAUAAAAAGCUUUUCAGAAAGGGUGGAGAAAGAAAAAGCACAGGCUGCUGAACAGCAGGUUAAGAAACGACUGGAACAGCAAAAGCAACUGCCAUCAGCUACCAAUACAGCAAGCACCACCACAACAAGCAGUACUGUAACGCCUGUUUCAAUACCCCACAAAGUUGUUGUUGGCCCAAUAUCUAAUUCUGUAACCCCUGGAACCAAAGUAGUUCUUACCACAAAGGUUGGUUCUCCAGCUACUGUAACAUUCCAGCAGAACAAAAACUUCCAUCAGACGUUUGCUACAUGGGUUAAGCAAGGACAGUCUUCUACAGCCUCAACCACAGCUGCCACACCAACCACUUCUGCCACACCAACCACUUCUGGUGCUAGCUCAGGACAGGCCUUGCAGAUUACCGGAAACCCAGUUACAGUGGCAGGGAAAGUCAUCACCAAACUCCCUUUGCCAGCUAACAGCAAGAUUGUUGCUGUAAAUGUGCCAGCAACGCAAGGAGGUAUAGUACAAGUUCAGCAGAAAGUUUUGGGAAUCAUGCCAUCAAAUACAGGAGCUGUUCAGCAGACGUUUACAACUUUUCAGCCCAGAACAGCAACUGUUGCUAUCCAGCCGAAUAAUCCCUGCACGUCUGGUACUACAACUCCAACACAACAGGUCAUCACAGCAGGAGCACAGCUAAGACCAGGAAUGGCUGUCUUCAGAGCUCCCCUUCAGCAAUCUCCUGUAGGAAAGAACUUUAUCCGAGCACCACUAGUUAUGCAGCAGGGACUUAUGCAACCUGGUCAAAAUCAGCAGGUUGUAACACAGAUUGUCAGGGGCCAACCUGUUACCACUGCUGUAACUGCUAGCACCACUGUUUCAAGUGGGGGACAAAAAGUGGGAACUCCUACACAGCCAACUUUGCAGCAGACAACAACUCCACAGGCUGUUAGACCCCAACAAGGUCAGGUUAAAUUGACUAUGGCCCAACUUACACAGCUGACUCAAGGGCAAGGUGGUGCCCAGGGUCUCACAGUUGUGGUACAAGGACAGGGUCAAACUACUGGCCAAUUACAACGUAUUCCUCCAGGAGUGACAGUUAUUCCGAGCCCAGGGCAGCAGCUAAUGCAGGCUGCUAUGCCAAAUGGUACCAUACAAAGGUUCUUGUUCACGCCACUGUCUGUAGUAUCCCCAGCCCACACAACUAUGACCUCAACACUUUCCACUGCCACUUCAGCAUCUGAACAGAAACCUGCAACGCAAAAUCAGGUGCAGUGUGUCCAGGCACCCCCUACACUUGCUUCAGCUCAACCAGCCUCUCAAUUGCAAGUACCAACUCUUGUGCCAACUCGCCUACAAACUGAAGUAGCAGAUAAACCACAGAUCCAAACCUCUACUCCACAACCAACUCAGGCUCAACUGAAUUCCCAAGUCUUGUCCCCAGAUCAGUUGGUGACCCCCUUUAAGCCUCAACUCCCCUCAGCAUCUCAGUCCAAAACCUUGACUCAGUCAAACGGAAGUCAAUCCUUAGAACAGCUACAGGUCCCUCCAGCUAUAUCCCAGCUAACAUCAGAUAAUCUGGUGAACUCAGAAAAUCAACCUACAGUUUCUGUCCAGUCCUCUGUGUCAUCUGAAGCCAAAUCUUCAACAAAUAUGAUAUCCAUGGCCCGUGCUGCUAUCCAGGUUCCCCAUCAAGCAGCUAUACAAACCCAGUCACAAAUCCUUAACCUAUCACAAUCUCAAAACUUGUCACAGGCUCCAAGCCAAACACAAAAUACUGUUCAGGUUACAUUACCAGCUUCCUUUCAGAUUCAAGCACCAGUGGCACACCAACUCCAGCCUUCUCAGCCUCAAGCUCAUGUCCAAGCUAUUGCACCACAAACAGCAAGCCAAGUAACUGUACCAUCGCCAACUCGCACACAGUUACAAAUUCAGCAGCCUCAACCUCAGGUUAUUACUGUUCCUCAGCUUCAGCAGCAGGUGCAGGUUCUUUCCCACCUGCCACCACAUGUUGUGGCACAAAUACAAGCCCAACAGGGCAGUAUCCCACAGCAAAUCAAGCUUCAGUUGCCAUUUCAGAUACAGCAAGGUAGUGCUAUGCAGCCUCAUCAGAUCCAAAAUGUGGUAACUGUUCAAGCUGCUAGUGUUCAGGAGCAACUGCAGAGGAUUCAACAACUCAGAGAACAGCAGCAAAAGAAAAAGCAGCAAGACAUAAAAAGGGAGCAGACCCUACAGGGAUCUAAUCAGAGUGAAAUCAUUCAGAAACAGGUUGUAAUGAAACAGAAUGCUGUAAUAGAACACUUAAAACAGAAAAAGACAAUGACACCUGUUGAACGAGAAGAAAAUCAAAGAAUGAUUGUUUGUAAUCAGGUGAUGAAGUACAUCUUGGACAAAAUUGACAAGGAAGAGAAACAGGCAGCUAAGAAAAGGAAGAGAGAAGAAAGUGUGGAGCAAAAGAAGAGCAAGCAGAAUGCCAGCAAAUUGUCUGCAUUGCUGUUCAAACACAAGGAACAACUAAAAGCAGAGAUAUUGAAAAAAAGAGCACUAUUGGACAAAGAAUUGCAAAUUGAGGUGCAGGAAGAACUUAAGAAAGAUCUAAGCAAGAUUAAAAAGGAGAAGGAGAGAGCUCAAGCCGCAGCUGUGGCUGCGGCGGCUGCUGCUGCAGCAGCAGCAGCUAUUCCCACCACACCACCUCUACCAUCUCCUCCUCCUCCUCAGCAUAUGACAGUCACUACAUCCCCAACUUCAGUAUUAACUGCAGCAUCUUCACACAAAAGAAAACGAGAGGAGGAGAAUGAGGCAGUCCCUUCCAAGUCAAAGAAGAAGAAAAUGAUUUCCACUACCUCAAAGGAGAACAAAAAAGACACCAAGCUUUACUGUAUCUGUAAAACACCAUAUGAUGAAUCCAAGUUCUAUAUUGGCUGUGAACUUUGUGCUAACUGGUUUCAUGGAGAAUGUGUUGGCAUCACAGAAAAGGAAGCAAAGAAAGUGGAUGUAUACAUCUGUAAUGAUUGUAAACGGUCACAAGAGGGCAACAGUGAGGAGUUGUUGUGCAUCUGCAGAACACCAUAUGAUGACUCACAAUUUUAUAUAGGCUGUGAUCGCUGCCAGAACUGGUUUCAUGGUCGGUGUGUUGGGAUUUUACAGAGCGAGGCAGAGUAUAUUGACGAAUAUGUCUGCCCGCAGUGUCAGUCUACAGAGGAUGCCAUGACAGUUCUUAGUCCUCUCACAGACAAAGAUUAUGAGGGAUUGAGGCGGGUUCUGCGAUCUUUACAGACUCAUAAAAUGGCUUGGCCCUUUUUAGAAGCAGUUGAUCCUGUUGAUGCACCAGAUUACUAUAGAGUAAUCAAAGAACCUAUGGACCUUUUCACCAUUGAAGAGCGGUUACGGACCCGUUUCUACAAGAAGCUCACAGAAUUUGUAGCAGACAUGACCAAAAUUUUUGAUAAUUGUCGAUAUUACAACCCUAGUGACUCUACGUUCUGUCAGAGUGCAGAGGUCCUAGAGUCAUUCUUUGUACAGAAGCUCAAAGCCUUUAAAGCAAGCAGGUCUCAUAACAACAAACUGCAGUCUACAUCUUAAAGUGCAACGUGCAAAGCUAACGCACAAGCAGCAGGAUCUGGUUAUCAAAAAUAUUUUAGAAUUUGGAAGCCAGAUAAUGGGUGGGGUUGUUUUCUUGUUAGGUUGACCUGACAAAACUUUGCACUGUUCACCACAGUCAUAUAGGAUUCUUGGGAUUCUUAAUUUUUGUCCAAAGGACAAAGGAGAAAAACGGGAGAGGUCACCAAUUUUAUAGCCCUGUUGAAAUCAGUGUAUUCUUUGGGCAAACACAGAAAAACCUUGGUUUAAAAAAAUAAAACAGCGUAAUAACAAAUAUGAAAUGAUGGAGUUUUGUGCUCCAUGGAAAUGCCACGUGUGUUCUUCAAUGAAGAAGAUUGUUUAAAGUCCACAUAAAUAACUUUUGACUGUAUUUAUUUAUUGUUGCAAAAAAGACUUUUUUAUUGCUGCCCUCAUUUGUCAAUUAUUUUUCUUAUUAAAAUAAAAAUUGAAGACAAAGAAAACAAAUCACCCAGAUCACAUCCGUAAAUACAUAUAACUUGUCCUGUCUUAACAUGAUUCCUGUAAGUAAAUGUAUAAGACCUGUGUCUUUUCUUUCUAUGAAAGGAGCUGCUAUGUACACAUGUGCACACUCAGAACUAGUGAAUCCGCUGAGUUUAUUGUUCAUGGUGUAAAAUAAAUCUCUUGCAUAAAAUGGACAGGCUGAAAACUAUGGACUGUUCCCUUGAAGAUUUUUCUCUGUUCUUCAGACUAAAGAGUAACAUUUAUUUGAAGGUAUCUUGUUUGUAAGCAUUUGUCCAAUUCAUUUUUUUUCCUUUUUGUAUUAAAACUAAAAUGAAAAAUAUGGAUGUAUAUGAAACAAAAUAAAUGGAGAUUAAUAUUUCUCUCCCACAGGACUGGAGAUACUUAAAAUAAGCUGUAAAUUUUGUUUUUAUUUUUAUAUUUUAAAAAAGACAGAAAACAGAUUAAUGUUAGAUAUUGAGUUCAAUGCCUAAACAAGGCUGUUCAUUUAGUUUUAAAUAUCCUUUUGAUGUAUUUAAAACAAUAAAUAAAUGAGAAUGAUUGCACCAAA